ACGCUCCGGCCACACCAAUUUUCAUCCCCUUCGAUCCACAAUGGGCACAAUCGGCAAAUCGCCAACCUCACCUCCCCUGUUCCCGGGAGCCCGAUUUCUUCCAUUUUCAUUGGGAAUGGAACCCCGUUUCUUCUUUUCCCCUUUCCUUCUUCGGGUCAUCCCAAAGUCGUAGGAUUGCUGCUCGGACUCCGGUCUUGGUGGGCAUGCCCGAUUGGGCUGAACUUCCUUGGUUUCGUCGAAGAUCAUCAUCAUCGUCCUGCUCUCCCGCGUGUCUGGUCGGAACACAUAAGGAUUCCACAGAACAGGACGGAACGAACUUUAAAAGCUGCGUCUUUGGGCAAUUUUUUGCGUCUGCGGAUCUUGGAAUUUCGCCUUGUUGAUCGCAGAUAAUAAUUCUCAUGGAGAACCUUCCAGUCGAAGUUAUCGGGAACAUACUCUCGCGCCUCAAGGCCGCGAGGGACGUGGUGAUCGCGUCGACGACCUGCAAGAAGUGGCAGGAGGCAUGGAGGAAGCACCUGCACGCCCUUUCUUUCGACUCCAAUGACUGGCCCGAGUACCAUGACCUCACCACGAGCAGGCUUGAGAUCCUCAUAACCCAGACAAUCUUCCAGACCCGAGGGCUUCAGUCCCUCUCCAUCUCGAUGGAGGACGUGGAGGAGUUCUCAGCCGCUCCGGUGAUUGCGUGGCUCAUGUACACCCGUGACAGCCUCCGCCGCCUCUAUUACAACGUGAGGACGAAACCAAACAUCAACAUCCUUGAGAAAUGCGGGAGGCAGAAGCUGGAAGUCCUCUCAUUGUCCCACACCUCCAUCUCCGGAGUGGAGCCGAGCUACCAGAAGUUCCCUUGCUUGAAAUCUCUCUCCUUGAGUUAUGUCAGCAUCUCAGCCCUUGACUUGAGCCUUCUGUUGACCAUAUGUCCGAGGAUUGAGUCGCUGAGCCUCAUAAAUCCUGAUAUUGUCAUGUCGGACUCUCAGGCAACUAUGGAGUUGAAUAGUCAGUCAAUAAAAGACAUACGCAUGGAGGUGAUUAGUUUGGAUAAGUUCAUUCUCGAGGCUGACAGCCUGGAGAGUUUGAAUCUGAGGGACUGCACGCUCGAGUACUUUGAGCUGAUCGGGAAGGGGACAUUGAGGGCCCUCAAGAUUGACGAUGUGAGUGUGCUCCACCUUGAUAUAGGGGACAGCACAGAGAACCUUGAGGUCGUGGACGUUAGCCACUUCACCAUUAUAUGGCCUAAGUUCUACCACAUGAUCUCAAAGUCUGCAAACCUAAGGAAGCUCCGGCUCUGGGGAGUCGUCUUCGAUGAUGAGGUUGAGAUCAUGGAUUUGGAGACGAUCUCCGUGUGCUUCCCUCGUCUGACCCACUUAUCGUUGAGCUACGAGCUUGGGGAAAUGGUACUCCAUUACGGGCUGCAGGGUUCGUCCCUUCUGGAGAAUGUCACCGUGCUUGAACUCGGCUGGGCAGUUAUUAGCAGCCUCUUUGCAGAAUGGGUCGCAGGAUUCCUAGAGAGGUGUCCGAGGUUAAAGAAGCUAGUGAUUUAUGGGGUUGUCUCUGAGGCCAAGAACGAGGAUGAUUACCGAAUGUUGGCAGACUUCACCACCUCGAUCAUUCAGCUCAUGAGGAAGUACACGAGCGUGGAAAUCCAGUUUGAAUAUGAAUAGAACUGCCUUCUCGAAACGGGUUUCUACAUAUAUCUGAUGUGGAUAUUUCUUCUUUAACUAAAUACAUACAACAAAAGCAGUUUUUUCUGUAACAUUGCUGCGAUUGUAAAUCGAAACUGUGCCAUCUCCGGAGCAUAUCAUAUGGCCUACACGGUAAAUUAUUUUUUGUCCUUGUGCAA